AUGGAAAACCAAACAGAAGUUAGUGAAUUCAUCUUACUAGGCUUUGGCAAAGUCUUGGAACUUAAAAAACUACUCUUUGCAAUCUUUUUGAUGUUGUAUUUGGCAACUUUACUUGGGAAUGGAACUAUUUUUAUUGUAGUUUUAAUUGAACAUCAACUUCACAGCCCCAUGUAUUUUUUCCUUGGAAAUCUUUCCUGCCUUGAUAUUUUCCACUCCUCAACAACAGUACCCCAAAUGCUUUCUGGCUUUCUGUCAGAGCUGCAGACUAUUUCAUUCAAUGACUGCAUGAUCCAACUGUUCUUCUUCUACUUCCUGGGCAGCAGUGAAGCUAUUCUUCUUGGUGUCAUGGCCUAUGACCACUAUGUUGCUAUAUGCAAGCCUUUGCACUAUACCAUCGUCAUCAGAAAAGAGGUUUGCAUCCUGAUGGCAGCAGCUUCCCUGUCCACUGUUUUUCUUCAUGCUUUGAUGCAUGCAGUAGUGACUGCUUAUCUACCCUUUUGUGGAUCAAAUCACAUUGAACAUUUUGUCUGUGAUACAAAACCAUUGUUAAAACUGGCUUGUGGUAGCACACAACUCAGCCUUAUGCUUCUCAAUAUUGUGACCAGCUGCAUUGCAAUUGGCCCUUUUCUCAUUACAGUCCUUUCCUACCUCUACAUUAUUACUUUCCUCCUCUUCAAAAUGCAGUCCCAAAGUGGGCGGCAAAAGGCUUUCUCCACUUGUGGAUCUCACCUGUCUAUGGUGGCUUUACUUUAUGUUCCUGUUUUGCUUAAUUACAUGAUUCCUACAGUGGGUACCUCAUCUCAACGAGACAUGAUAUUGACUCUUAUGUAUAGUGCAAUUACCCCUGUUUUGAACCCACUUAUUUAUACAUUGAGAAAUCAGGAAGUUAAAAGAGCAGUGAAAAAGAUUUGGGGUAAAAAGUCACUUUUUGUUGGGUGUAAAUGA